UUGUAAACAGUGUACUUGUAGACACCAACGUCCCAUGACAUCUCGAAAUCAUUUUUGCCAGUCAUGUUUCUGUUGCGUUUUACGUGUAUAAAAGAUGUUCAAAGAAUUUGAUAACGAGUUUUUAUUUUAGUUUACUAAAGCGAAGCUCUAACGAACGGACGUAUCAUGGCACCUGAAAUUAAAUAUACGAAGCUCUUCAUUGAUAACAAAUGGGUUGAUUCUGUGAGUGGAAAGACUUUUGACACCUACAACCCACACGAUGGCUCUGUUAUUGCAAAAGUUGCUGAGGGAGAUAAGGCGGAUAUAGACUUGGCAGUAGCAGCAGCGCGUCGCGCUUUUCAACGUAACUCGGAAUGGAGACUUCUAGAUGCAUCCCAGAGAGGACAGUUGUUGUUCAAGUUCGCAGAACUAGUAGAAAGAGAUGCCGAUUAUAUUUCUCAACUGGAGACUCACAACAAUGGCAUGUUACUUGGAAACUGCAAGCUAUUCAUAGGUCAAAGUGGUUCAUAUAUCCGUUAUCUGGCCAGUUUAGCUGAUAAAGUGCAAGGAAGCACCAUUCCUUUAAAUGGUGAAGUAUUUUCCUACACACUCAAACAGCCAGUAGGAGUGUGUGGACUCAUUUUACCAUGGAACGGCCCCGUCCUGAUGUUUAUCUGGAAAGUCGUAACAGCAUUAGCUGCAGGUUGCACGGUGGUCGUGAAGCCCGCAGAGCAAACCCCGCUGACUGCAUUAGUAUUGGCCUCCUUGCUAGCGGAGGCAGGCAUACCACCUGGUGUUGUCAACGUGGUUAACGGCUUCGGCGAGACCGCGGGUGUUGCUCUCACACAUCACCUUGAUGUUGCUAAAAUUUCAUUUACUGGAUCACUGGAAGUGGGCAAGCUCAUUCAACAGGCAGCCGGGGCUAACAACCUUAAGAGAGUAACAUUGGAGCUCGGAGGCAAGAGUCCUCUGGUUAUAAUGAAUGACGCUGACUUAAAUCUGGCUGUUCCGUAUGCCGCGAAUGCUGUGUUCUGUCAUCAAGGACAAGUGUGUGUAGCUGCUUCACGAUUGUUCGUCCAGUCUGGAAUCUAUGACGAAUUCGUUAAAAGAGCCGCGGAAUAUGCGAAGAACAUCAAAAUCGGUGCACCGACAGAUCUUAGAACGCAGCACGGACCCCAGAUCGACCAAUUGAUGCUAACGAAAAUUUUAGGAUACAUCGAGAAGGGCAAGCAGCAAGGAGCAAAGCUUCUUGCGGGUGGAAAGCGCGUUGGUACCCAAGGUUUCUACAUCGAGCCUACUGUGUUUGCUGAUGUUACGGAUGACAUGGUCAUUGCCCGAGAAGAGAUAUUUGGACCAGUGCAGAGUAUUUUGAAGUUUGAUACAUUAGAAGAAGUUAUUGAUCGUGCUAAUGACACAGAAUAUGGUCUAGCUGCCGGCAUAUUCACUACCAAUUUGAAUGCCGCAUUACAAUUCAGCAAACACUCUGAGGCUGGAACUGUUUGGGUUAACAACUAUUUAACCAUGGGUCCUCAGGCACCAUUCGGAGGCUUUAAGAAUUCAGGCAUGCACAGGGAGAAUGGAUCAGAUUGCUUGGAAUCAUACAUGGAAGUGAAGACUGUUACAAUUGCAUUACCAAAGAAGGUUUAAAUCAAUGUUUUGUCUUAAUAUCAUUAAGAUUUGUUAUCAAUACUAACGAAAUAGAAUAAAGGGUUUUUUAAAGGACAAGUAUCCUUAAAGUGCUAUGGUUUAAUUGAAUUGGUGAAUUGUUAUUACAUUUUUAAACUUA